AUGUUCGAAAAUAAUUACCCAAAUUCUUCUUUUCCUGCGGACGAGCCACGAACUCAAACUAGUGGCUAUCACCCUCGUGACGAAGUCGAUAACGAUUAUUCGCGACCCAGUGAUUCUGAUUCUGAUUUACGUUUCCCAAAGCGUCCUCGUCUUACUAAACCUUCCAUUAGAAAAAAACCAAAAAUGAGGAUUCCGAAGAAAGAAAAUGGUGUUGGAAGUAGCACUAACGGUGUUUCAACCACUAGUAAUGGUAGUUCUCAAAUUAUUACUAAUGGUCAAGUUUCGGCUCUUACAAGUCCACAAAAUCCUAGACGAGAAGAGCUUGUUCGGCUUAUGGUACAAGCAAUGCAAGAUAUGGGCUAUAGUAAAUCUGCUUCUCAACUUGAAAAAGAAUCUGGCUUUCUACUUGAAAGUUCUGCUGUCGCAAAAUUCAGGGAUGGUGUGUUAAAUGGUGAUUGGGAUUUGGUCGAAAGUCUUUUCCCAACGUUAGAACUAGAUCAAAAUCAAGACAUUGUGAUUGUACGAUUUUUAAUUCGUCAACAGAAAUAUUUGGAAUUGCUGGAAAGAAGAGAGAUAAAAUUAGCUCUAUAUACGUUGAGAAGUGAACUUACACCUCUCGCAUUUAAUACAGAAAGACUUCAUUUGUUAUCUAG